AUGGACAGCCCUUCUGCUCACGCUGACGAGUCGUCUUCCAAUUAUAUGGAGGACCAACACUCUCACCACUCUGAACAACAAGAAGAAGAGCAACAACAACAACAACAACAACAAGGAGAAGCAGCUGGAUUUGAACAGAACCAGCCUGCACACCCUACUGGUCCAGCACAAACCCAUGACAUCUACUCUAAGGUGCAGCUCUUUGUGAGACCAAUUGGAGCCCAUGCUAAACACGAGGAGGUUCAAGAUUUCUUUGCUGAGCACGGUGCAUUGAGAGAGUUGAGAUUAAUGCCAGGUUAUGCGUUUGUUGAAUAUGAGAGUGCUGAAAUUGCAGAAAAGGCCCACAGGGAGUUAUCUGAAAAGACUUUCCAAGGUGAGCCUCUGCAAGUUGAGUUUGCGAAAAAUAAGCCAGAAUAUGCAAAGAAGGGUGAAAAUAGAGUCAAGGUUUCAAGUUUGCCACCAUAUACAUCCUGGCAAGAUUUCAAGGAUUUCUUACGUGAAGAAAUCCAUGUUGUUCCAACUUUUGUUCGGAUUCCUCAUGAGGAACCAACAAUUUGUCAUUUGGAAUUUGGUACAAGAGAUGAAUUAGAGAAGGCAAUCUCUUUAAUUAAUGAAACCAAAUUCAAGGAGACUCAAAUCAUAGCCGAAGAAGAUACAUCUCCAUAUAUUGCUUCUGCUUCAAGACAAAUUGUUAGCCGUCGUGGUCGUGGUGGAUUUAUGCCAAGAGGUAGAGGCGGUUAUAGAGGUGGUUUUAGACCAAUGCAUAGAGGAGGUUAUGGAGGUCCAGGUGGUUAUAGAAAUGGACCACCUCCUCCAAUGGGUGGUGCACCUUAUGAUCCUUACCAUGGAGGUCCAGGUGGCUAUAGAGAUUAUCCUCCAAGAGGUGGAUAUAUGGGUGGCCGUGGUGGUUAUCCUCCAAGAGGUGGCCGUGGCGGUUAUAUGCCAAGAGGUAGAGGCGGAUAUGGUGGCCCAAGAGGUGGAUUCCCACCAAGAGGCGAUUAUCCACCUAGAGAUUAUCCACCUAGAGGUGAUUACCCACCUAGAGAUUAUCCCCCAAGAGGUGAUUAUAAUAGUGGUCCACCACCUCCAAGAGGUGACUAUGGUAUGCCACCAGCUCCAGGUCCGGAUUUCAGAGAUGGUCCUCCUCCUCCAAGAAAUGAAUUUAGAUCAAGCAGAGAAGACGGUGAUUAUCAAGGUGAUAGAGAUUUCAAUAGAGAUAGAUCUCCAGGUAGAUUUUAA